GCCACCAACCCCCCUUGUCAAUUCCAUUCAAGACAUUGAGCACAAUUUUGCAGUCACUGGAAGAAAGAUCCCAACUCCCUCAGCCAACAGAUGGUUGAGUGAUGAGAGUUGCAGCUAAAACUGAUGGAGUGUCAUUACGUUUGUUCAAUAAAACAGAAAUAUCUAAUGAACCUGCACCAUGUUUAAUAAAUUCUUUCCUUUACAGGAAUGGAAGACAAUAAUGCGCAGGAGGAGGUGUCACCAUUGGCUGGGCAGUCUGUAGGUGGUUGGGGUCUUCUUCAGAUCGCAGGAUGCACAGGGCUUGCUGCUUACUCUGUUUGGGCCUUCAUUCUGAUGCCUGGCUUCAGGAGGGUGCCAUUAAAAUUACAGGUCCCUUAUAUGCCAGCCAGCACCAAACAAGUGGCACAUGUCAUGACUUUGCUCAAAGGACGAUCUGGGAAGAUGGUGGACUUAGGUUCAGGGGACGGCAGAAUUGUGUUGGAGGCAGCCAAGAGCGGAUUUAGUCCUGCGAUCGGCUACGAACUUAACCCUUGGUUAGUACGUCUCUCUUACUUCAAAGCUUGGAGGGUAAGCUACCACACAAGGGUGUCCUACCGAAGGGAAGAUCUGUGGAAGGUGAAAUUAAAUGACUGUCAAAAUAUCUCUUUAUUUCUGGCUCCAAGCGUGCUCUCCCUGCUGGAGACUAAGCUUUUCUCAGAGCUACCUGAUGGCGCUCGUGUGGUGGCUGGUCGCUUUCCCCUACCAACAUGGCCUCACAGCACAGUCCUUGGAGAAGGAGUCGACAGAGCCUGGGCCUAUGACAUCAAAGCUGUACGUCAAGUCCAAUCGCCCAAACAACAUGACACUCCAGUCUGAAUCUUUUUAUCAGUGGAAAGACUCAUUGGAAACACGCCGAUCUUACAACCUCCUGUUUUAUUUCAUGCAGGUAGAUUGUACCUUGUUACUUCAGUAAAAA